CUGUCCACUAAUCGGGAAUUCCGUGAAAAGUGUAUAUAAAAAGAAAAACAGAAGAGAAAACUUUAUAUUCCCCAAAAAAUAUAAAUAUUUGUGUUAAAAAAAAGCCUUACUGUUUCACCCCUUACUAAUUUGUUCAAUUCAUUUGAUAAUAAAGAUAAUAUCAAGUUCAAUUUAUACUAAAACAAAAACUAGGAAUUAAAAAAGUCGUCAAUUUUAAAAGUUCAUUUGCGUUGGUCGUUUGCGUUUCUCAUUUCAUUGGAUUUUGGAUUAUUUUCUUCGUUUAUUUCGUAUUCUUCGCUCUUGAUUUGAUUUGAUUUUUGCCUGCCAUUGUCUUUCUUUUAUGUUUUUUUUUGCUUUCUACUUCUCACAUGGAACUCCCUUUCCUUAAACUGAAACUCAACAAAUCGAAUAUAGUAUAUAGUAUAUAAUAAUCUAACUGAUUGAAUCUGAAUGAAAGACACUGAAGACUGACUGUAUGUUGGAUAGAAAUAUCAAAUCAUUGCGUCUAGUGUAGUGAGGGACUACAAAAUAAAAAAGAGUGAAUAAAAUGGAAGUAUCGUCGGAUCCGUACGAGCAAAAGCUAUUCCAAAUGUUCACCAGCUGCGACACAAAUCACAGUGGCACACUAGACGAAAACGCCUUGAGCAAGUUGUGCGAAAUGCUCGAGUUACAGGAUCGUGGUUCCGUUAUUAUAAAGAACCUCAUAAAAAAUCCAAGGUCACGGAUUUCUUUUGGCGACUUUAAAGAAGCACUGUUGAACUUUCUUGGCACAGAAAUCGAUGGAUCAUUGUCAUCGCCACCUGGGGAGCACACGCUCGUAUUUAGUAAUGAGCCUGAAGACAAGCUUCUACCAGACAGUACAAACGAAUCGUCCGACCGUGAAGUCUCACCAAAAUUUGUUGUAGGUGCGAAAAAGUACGGUCGUCGUUCCAGACCCCAGUUCAAUGGAUCAGAUUCUUCGCCGUCAGAAUCAGACGAUCAGGACAGAGAAACGGCCGACUGUAACAACAGUAUUGUUCAAAGAUCAUCAUCUCAAAGUGACAUACUCUCAUCACACAGAAGACGGCCAUUAAGCGGAGGAGCUAAGCUUAAGCGAUGUGCUUCACUUCCAGCCCAGAAAAAUCAACGAGUUAGAGAAGCGAUUCUGGAGAAAACAAAAGCCGCCAGAGCAUCAAAGACAGCCAAUAAAAUAAACACCAGCAGCGUUGAAUCCUUAGGAAAUUUAGAUUUCGAAAAUCUCACAAAUAAAAUCCUUGACAUUUGGAAAGAAUACGGAAGUGAAAUUGGCACAUAUUACUUUACUUGUGGUCAACUGCAAAUUGUAUGCGAACGUGUCGGACUUGUGAGUACUGUGGCCAAAAAAGUUGCCGAAGAAGUAUUUAAAAAACAUAACAAACAUAACAAAACCGAGGCGGUGCCGGUGAUUGCAUUUAGUGAAUUCAUAAGUCUCAUUAGUUGUGGCGAUAACACAUUUGCGCCAGCAAAUUAUCCUAAUAUCGAAAUUUCACCAUCAUCACCACCAACAUGGCAAAUUAAUAAUUUAUUUGAAUUUAUUGGGCAUUAUCCAACCCACCUCAACACGUCAGUGGACAGUAAUUCAAUUAAAUUUUCUCGUGCCUUUAACGAUGAUAAACAAUUUAAUAUGAAAGAUGUUCCAGCACAAUUAGAGACAGUCCCUACCCAUAGUAUAAUUGAAAUGUGGGAACGAGCUGGUAUCAGCAGCCCCAAGGGACUUCUAUUGAGUCUUGGUUUCGACGAAGAUGAGGUGAAUGUAGUACAACUGUCAAAAGUCUUAGAAGAAGAACUUCGUGGUUUGUGUGGUGAAGCACAAACCACCCUACUGAAAGCAUCUCUAGCUUUGCAAUCAGCAGAACUUUCCACAUUAAAACAAUCAUACAUUCAACUGACCGAAGAGAACAAAAAAAUGCAUGCUGACAACAAAGACGCAAAUCGAAGAGUUAUUCUAUUGGCUCAAGAAAUAGACGAAAGACACGCAAAUCUAGAAGACACAACUAAAAAAGAGAUACGACUAUUAGAACAACGACAUGCAGAAGUUGUACGUGACUUAACAACUCGUAUGGCAAAUGACCGAGAGAAUUGGUCUAAUUUGACAGCUCGCCUGGAAGCCCGAAUUAAGAUGCUGGAACAAGAAGAAGCAAAGCUUAAAGCGGAAUCGGAUUCGCUUCGAAAAGAAAACAACGCCUUAGAGAAUGAGCAAACAGUUCUGCAAAAACAGGUUACUAGUCUGCUUGAGGCUAAUAUCCAGCUAAAUAAGGAAAUGGUCGAAUCGGAGGAGAGAAGUCGCAAUGACGAAGGAUCUAAAAAUGAAAAAGACACCGAGGAGAUGUUGGAACUGAUUGAGAAGAUCACCAGCUUACAAAUAGAAAACGCUAAUUUACGAGAUAAGAAUGACGAAUUGGUUGCCGAAGUUGAAGGAUUAAACUUUGAAAUAUCACGAGUAAAGACUAAGACUAAAUCUCAAAAAGUGACGGUCCCAGUGAGUACCGAAGAUGAUCCUGAACAUGCUUCGGCAGCUGUAAAGAGGAGGGGUGAUUCUCCAAGUAAGACCAGAAUAACUGAGGAAAGUCCGCGUCUGGGUAAAUUCCGUAGGUGUAAUGCUGAGGCCAACAGUGAGAGUGAUACGAGCGGAGAUUGGAUAGCACUUAACUCCGAACUGAAUAGCCCAUUGAACGUGACCUCUACGCCGAGUACUUCGUCGGGUUUCUCACAGGAUAGCAAAAAUUCCACUCUUGAUGCUGAUCAGGAAAUUGCCAUUCUGAAAGCUAAAAUAUCUCAGCUGGAAAGUGAUCUAGCAGCCAUCGCCUCGACUGGAUCAAAUGAAGAUUCAGAUCUUGAUGCUUCAACCUUGAAAAAGGAAAAAGAUGCAUUGGAAGUGCGCUGUAAAGAGCUCGAAGCAAGUCUUGAACAAAUGCAAAAAGCCUACGAAGACUGUGAAGACUAUUGGCAGGACAAACUCUCCGAGGAACGUCAACUCUUCGAAAAAGAACGAAAAAUCUAUGAAGACGAACAAAAAGAAAGCGAUGUCAAGUUUACCGAGCUGGUGGAAAAAGUACGCGAAUAUGAGGAGCAAUUCAGUAAAGACGGUCGUUUGUCACCGAUCGAAGAAAAAGAUGUCCUCGAACAGCAAUAUGCUGACUUGGAAGCCGAAGCCGAACAGUUGCGCGAAAAUACAAGGCAAAUCUUUGAAGAGAAAGCGAAAGAAAUUGCAUCGCUUCAUGGUGAAAUCGAGGAUCUUAAAAUGAAGCUGGGCGAGAGUGUGGAAAUUCUAACUGGUGCAACUGAAAUGCAAUCUGGAGGAGAAAUGUCAGACUUGGAAAGUCCAGCGAGUUCGCCAAUUAGUUAUCUCUGGCAUCAAAGUACAAUUCAGUCUCCCAUAACACAGUAUAAGAAGAAGAAUCUACAAAAGACACCCACAACACAGCGAUCUAGAUUAAAUAAUUUGUCAACAUCUGAAACAACCGUUUUCAGUACCACUCAAUCUAACUCGGUUGUGCAAUCUUCUGCUGUGGCUGUUGCUGAUGAACAUAAAAACAUAUCGCCCAUCCAAAAACCAAACAAUUCAAAAGUAGUAACAGAAGAUACUACAAAAGAUUGUGAAGAUUCUUCGUCAACAGCAUCAGGCAAGAGUUUUGAAUCGCAUAGUGUUGCCUCAACACAUAGUAUUCAAAAAUCAACAGGCAAUGCUUCAAGCAGCUGUUCAAGUCCGAAUAUAAUGAAGGAGGAACUAAAACGUUUGAAAUACUUUGAAAUUCAACUAAAAGAUCAAAUAAAAGACUUGUCGCUUAAACGUGAUGGUUUAGUUAUGGAACUUCAACAGCUACAGGAAGCAAAACCUGUACUCGAGAAGGCAUAUGCUCGGGCGGCGGCACAUCCAUCUCUUAUUCAAAGAGUCAAUCAUCUUGAGCUUAAAAAUAGACACUUACAAAAUGUUAUUAAGCAACAACACCAGUAUACGGAAUCUUUGAUGCAACAAACAUGGCAACAGCAACACGCUGAAUUGUCAGACCUUCGAAAUCGAAUCGAAACACAGGGUAUGAUAAUGACUGAGCAGACACAACGUUUAGCCAAUGCUGAUGUUCUCGUCAAAGAACUUUACGUGGAAAAUUCUCAUCUUACCGCUACCAUACAGCGCCUGGAGCAACAAAUGUGUCGCGUAAAUCUCAUUCACCAGCACCAGAGCUUAAGUGGCCUACCAGGAAUGCCUUAGUCUUAAAAACAAAACAAACAUAAAUAGUUUUACUUAAUUUAAAUACAUAGCACCAAAUAACCAUAAUAAAAUAUUAUUUCUAGUGCUGGAUAUUAUUCCAUCAGGUAUAUUGAGGAAAAAAUGUUCUCAGUCGAACUUUGAUCCCAUUCGCAGAUAUUUCUCACUCGCUGUAGAUUAAUUUUAUUAUUUUUCGAAUAAUAAUUUCAAUAAGCAAAGAACAAAAUGGUCAGAAAAUUGUACGUUCUUCAAAUGUACAGCAAAUAAGUAUUCCAAAUGUAAAUAGAAAUGAAAGAAAGAAAAAAACUCAUGGCCAGCAGAACUUUUUAUUUCCUUCCAAAAAAAGAAUCAACACUCCCUAAACCAAAUCGGUUUUUCGAAUAAUCUCAGUUCGACUGGAAACAUUCAUUUAUGCAAUUAUCAUAUUAUUAUAAACAUACAUAUAUAUAUAUUUAUAUUUUUCAAAAUAAGAGAUUUUAUGAAAGUGAUAGGAAAGAGUGUGUUUGCAUCAACGAAAGUCCUCUAGAUUGUAUCAAUAUUGUUCACAGAUAAAAAAAUUUCAUUCUAUUAGAUAGUCUAAUAAUUAUUAUAAAUACGAGUAUGAAACAGUUAUUUAAAGUUUUACUUUAUAUUUAUUAUUACAUACAUAUUAUGUUUUGUUAAAAGAAACACUAUUUUUUAAGCGUGUUCAGUGUAUGCUUAUUGCAUUAUAAUAAUUAAAAUAAUUUAUAUUAUAACAAAAAGAGACGCACGAUUCUAUAAAACUUUUAAUUUAACUUUUAUUAUCUCUAUAAAUUUAUCAUUUUUACCUGCUUAUAGUGGAAUGAUAUUGUUGUUGUUUAAUUUUCUUUUCUUUUUUAAUUUAAGAUCUCAAAAAGAGUUUAGGUAUUUGAUAAACAAAAUUAAUUAUAAUGUAAAUCUUAUUCGGUAAAAGAAAAUGAAGUGCAUAGAAACCAAAAUAUUGAACUUCUUUUAGGAAAAGAACAAAAUUGUAAGUCAGUUGUUGUAAAGUAGUAUAGAUAAAAACAAGCAUGUUCAAUUUCAAGUAAAAUUAAUAUUAAAUAUUGACAUUUUUAAGUACAUAAAUUAUGAUAAAGCACUGCAAAGAUAAAUUGUAAUAAUAAUUGUGAAAUGUCAUUCUGCUGUUAGCAGCAAACAAAAAAUAAAACAAAUAACAAAACAACUAUCAA